UUGGCAGCGAUUUAAGUAACCCUUGCAACGGUGUUUUGUCGUUUGUAACAACUGCUAGAAUUUACGUUUAUAAUUUGAAUAUAUAUAUAAUAUACGUUAUUUUAUAAAAAUGGGAUCACCAGAAGAACUGCAAAAGAAGUUAUCUCAAGAGCUGGAGAAAUUGAAAUUUGUUCAGAAAGACUUGUCAAAAGCCAUGACGGCUAAGCAAACCUUAGAUGGCCAGUUGUCAGAAAAUAAAAUUGUAAAAGAAGAGUUAGAGUUUUUGACCCCCGAAAAUAAAGUGUACAAAAUGACAGGACCCGUAUUAGUUCAACAGGAGAUCGAGGAGGCAAAGCAAAACGUAGAGAAAAGGAUUAUGUUCAUAAGUUCGGAACUCAAGAGGACCGAAGAUUUACUGAAAGAUUUAAGUACCAAGCAAGAUAAGCAACAGGAAAUUUUGCAGGAGCUCCAGAAGGAGCUUCAGGAAGUGCACCUGAAAAAUGCAAAAAGAGCUUAGAAUUUAAAUGGGCAAGUUUAGCAACGAGUAUAAUGUAAUUCAAUCAUGCAGUCAAGCGCAUAUUCAAUUUGAAUCAUUUUAUAUACCUGUCCUCGUGUUUGAACCUUUUUUCAUGUUAAAAUAUAUUAACGGGCUUGUGUUUUGCAGUAUUUAAUAAAAAAAAAAAAAACAUUUCUGUAUGCGGUAUAUAACCGUCUUCAUUUGACAACCCGUCUUGACGGUAUUUGACAAUUGUUUUCAUUUCAGAAUAAAUUCUUAGCGCUCUGUCAGAACAAAUAAUUUCUCGUGUGUUAUGAAAGGAAUAAAAACCAAUGUUUAUAAA